AUUGUAUGGCUACGUCAUCGAUGAUCUUUGCACGCGUAUAAAUUCCAAGGGGCUGAACGAAAGUGAGCAUCACAAGUUGUCACAGACAAUCAUGCGUAGUCCUCCUCCCGGACCCCGUCGUGGUGAUCGCGGUUCCAACAUCAUCGGGCCUCGAAACCCCGAGCGUGAAAAGCAAGCUCCUGAUCUCGUCCACCCUCCCUCGACGGAUCGCGGCACUCUCCCUUCCCUCAAAUGGUCAUUCGCAGACUCGCAUAUGCGUAUUGAAGAUGGCGGAUGGGCACGUCAGACUACAGUCCGCGAAUUGCCUGCCUCCGUCGAGCUCGCGGGGGUGAAUAUGCGUCUCGAUGAGGGAGCCAUUCGAGAGCUUCAUUGGCAUCGUGAAGCAGAGUGGGCGUACAUGCUCGAGGGCAGCUGCAGGUUUACAGUUCUUGAUGUUGAAGGGGGUGCUUACGAGGCCGAUCUGACCAAGGGGGAUAUCUGGUAUGCGCCAAGAGGUCGUCCUCAUUCCAUCCAGGGCGUCGGCAAGGGUGGGUGCGAGUUCAUGCUUAUCUUCGACGAUGGAAACUUCUCAGAGGACGAGACCUUCCUCCUUUCAGACUGGUUGUCCCAUACGCCGAAGGAGGUGGUGGCAAAGAACUUUGGCCUUGAUCCUAGCGUGUUCGACAAGCUGUCGCAGAAAGAAAAGUAUAUGUUUCGCGGGAUCACACCUGAUACGCCCUCGCCUGGCUUGCCGUCUGACGUUCCAAAGUCCAAGCAUCGUUUCACGCACAGCCUUCUCGCCCAACUCCCGCUCAAGACACCAGGCGGUACAGUCCACAUCGUUGAUACCUCAAACUUCCCUGUCUCGACAACCAUCGCCGCUGCCCAUGUGACUAUAGAACCUCACGGCCUACGGGAGCUCCACUGGCACCCAAAUGCCGAUGAAUGGUCAUUCUUCAUUCGCGGUCGUGCCCGAAUAACUGUUUUCGCUGGCAGUGGAAAUGCGCGUACUUUUGAUUAUCAACCUGGAGACGUCGGAAUCGUGCCCCGUAGCCUUGGUCAUUACGUAGAGAACAUUGGGGAUGAGGAAGUGGAGAUGCUUGAGGUCUUUCGUGCACCAAAGUUUGAAGAUUUCUCCUUGGAGCAGUGGUUGAAAGGUUCUCCUGGCCAGAUGGUGUUGGAGCACCUGAACUUGCAAGGUAGUGAGGAAGGGGAGAAAUUUAUGGAAGCGCUGCGGAAGAGUCGGGGAAAGGAGCCAGUGAAGCCUGCAAAAGCCAAGUUGUGAUUGUCAAAAUCACGGUGCCGAACCUGUUGGAUCAUCCGCAUUAUCCGUUAUCUUGAAUCGCAAGGCUUGUUGCAUGCAAAAUUAUCGAACCUGUGCUUAUAAUAUGUAGGUGCCUAACUUACUCCAGCUGAUCGUAGCCCAUGACUUAUAUUUAUCCACGCCACCACUUGAGCCUUGAG